GUUGAGCUAGUCCGCAUCAGUCGAGCGCUCGAGCUCCAGUCACUUAACAUGUACGUAUCCGGCGCUCACUGUGAUAUGCCCCUAGUAAAAAGUUGAACGGAAUCAAAGAGACUUUAAUCGCGAGUUUACGCACUGUACGGGGACUUUAGUGAGAUGACGUGCCGAAAUUAGUGAAAUCAGGAACUUGUCAUGAAAAUAAGUUUGAAGUGUGUGUUAUAACGAAAGUUCCGCCACAAUGUAUACUCAGAUAAUCAGUACAUUUCUCCUCUCAUCGGUGCUCGUCGCCGCUCGAUUCGACGGCCCAGAGCAAUGUUCCUGGCUGCCGGACAUCAGUGACACCACUUCGUCGAAAUUGGCCGUUACCUGCAAAGUAAGAACGCUGGAAGAGACGGCGAACAUCACCGCCCUACCCGCGGAAGUCACCUCGCGAUUAAGGAUAAUUUGCAGUGACGUGUUGUUUUUCGAAAGUGCGCUUCCUACUCAGGGCCUGCACAGGUUGCACGAGCUCGAGGAACUCCAAAUCAGCAACUGCAAGCUGCUGUCCAUCCCCUCGGACGCCUUCGAGGGUCUCUACAAUGUGAAGAAGCUGUCCAUCAACACGUUCAACACCGACUGGGGUCCAGGUAAAAGCUUGGAGCUGACGAGUUAUAGUUUGCAGGGCUUGAAGGAGCUUCAAGUCCUGGAUAUGGCAGACAAUAAUAUUCGAGCUCUGCCCGACGGCGUAUUCUGCUCCAUGACCAACUUGCAGACGUUGAAUUUGACGAGAAAUCGCAUAAGAAAUUCUGAGAGAAUUGGCAUAAAUGUACCGGAAUGCAGCAACAGCGAGUUACAAAAUCUCGAUUUAUCAUACAAUGAUUUGCGCUCUUUGUCUGAGGACUCCGGUUUUUCACGUUUGAGACGUCUGCAAGUGCUCAACCUACACUACAACAACAUAACUGAAAUUUCGGGCGAGUCCUUAGCGGGCCUAGUGUCGCUGAAAAUAUUAAAUAUGGACAACAACAAAAUAGGUACGUUGCCGCAAGGAUUAUUUGCUGGAACACCGGAGCUUAAGGAAAUUCACCUCCAGAAUAAUUCCCUGUUCUCCCUGGCGAAAGGAUUAUUUCACCGGCUCGAGCAACUUCUAGUUUUAGAUUUAUCGGGUAAUCAGCUUACAAGUAACCACAUCGACGCUGGGACUUUCACCGGGCUUAUCCGCUUAAUUGUACUGAAUUUGUCGCACAACGCCCUUACACGUAUCGAUGGCCGCACGUUCAAAGAUCUCUUCUUUCUACAAAUCCUCGACCUCAGAAACAACUCGAUCGGAUUUAUCGAAGAUAACGCUUUCCUACCCCUGUAUAAUUUGCACACCCUAAAUCUCGCUGAAAACAGGCUGAACACGAUCGGACCACAGCUAUUCAACGGCUUGUAUGUUCUGAGCAAACUCACUAUAAAUAAUAAUCUCAUUGUGAAUAUUGACUCACGCGCUUUUCAAAAUUGCUCCGCCCUUAAGGAAUUAGAUCUCAGCUCCAACGCCCUCGCAGAAGUGCCAGAUGCGAUCCAAGAACUUUCUUUCCUCAAAACUUUGGAUCUGGGCGAAAAUCAAAUCUCCGAGUUUAGGAACGGCUCCUUUAAAAAUUUAAAUCAGCUAACUGGACUGAGAUUAAUUGACAAUAAUAUUGGCAAUUUGUCUCGCGGCAUGCUUUGGGACCUGCCGAAUUUGCAAGUGCUUAAUCUGGCGAAAAAUAAAAUUCAGAGUAUCGAGAGGGGCACUUUCGAAAGAAAUACGCAAAUAGAGGCAAUUCGCCUCGACGAGAAUUUUUUAACAGACAUUAAUGGAGUUUUCGCGACUCUCGCGACUUUGUUGUGGCUGAACUUAUCCGAAAAUCAUUUAGUGUGGUUCGACUACGCGUUUAUUCCGAGUAAUUUGAAGUGGUUGGACAUUCACGGGAACUUUAUAGAACAUUUAGGGAAUUAUUACAAAAUCCAGGACGAGAUUAGAGUGAAAACUUUAGAUGCUAGUCAUAAUAGAAUAACGGAAAUCGCUCCCAUGUCGAUACCAAAUAGUGUGGAACUGCUGUUUAUAAACAACAAUUUCAUCAGAUCCGUGCACCCGAAUACGUUCCUAGAUAAAACUAGUCUCGCUCGAGUAGACAUGUACGCCAACGAUUUAGUGAACCUGGACUUGAACGCGCUUCAUAUUUCUUCGGUGCCCUCAAACCGGUCGCUGCCAGAAGUCUACUUGGGUGGCAACCCCUUUCAUUGCGACUGCACCAUGGAAUGGCUUCAGCUCAUCAACAACAUGUCUGCGUCUCGUCAAUAUCCCCGUGUCAUGGACCUAGAAAACGUAAUGUGCAAGAUGACACACUCUCGCGGAAUGACACACAUGCCUCUGAGUCAGGCGAAACCCAGCGACUUCCUUUGCACCUACGAAACCCACUGCUUUGCCCUCUGCCACUGCUGCGACUUCGAUGCCUGCGACUGUGAAAUGACUUGCCCCAAUAAUUGCACUUGUUACCACGACCAGACGUGGAAUACCAAUGUCGUCGAUUGCUCUGGACAAAAUGCGGCAGAAAUACCCCAGAGAAUUCCUAUGGACGCCACUGAGGUGUACCUAGACGGUAAUGAAAUAAAAGAGCUCCAAAAUCACGUCUUUAUUGGCCGUAAAAAUAUGCGAGUGUUAUACGUUAAUAAUAGCGAUGUAGAAACCAUACAGAACAGCACUUUUAACGGCUUGCACGCUUUACAGAUUUUACAUUUAGAGGAUAAUAAAAUUUACGAACUGAAAGGAUACGAAUUCGAGCAUCUUUCUAAUCUGAAAGAGUUAUAUCUGCAGAAUAACGUCAUUUCGAAUGUAGGAAAUAAAACCCUCGAGCCGCUGAUAUCGCUGGAAAUUCUCAGAUUGGACGGCAAUAAAUUAGUGACGUUCCCCGUGUGGCAGUUGUCGACCAACAGCCGCCUCACCGAAGUUAUGCUGGGUAAUAAUCUGUGGUCCUGCCGCUGCAAAUUCCUCCAGGGAUUAACUGCAUGGGUCGCCGACAACGCAGCCAAAGUGGUCGACAGCGCCGACAUAAUGUGCUACAACACGGACUCCAAGCCCCCACAGCGCCGCGAGCUGGACUUUAACAGCACCGCGUGCAGUGACUUCUACUCCGGCAGCUCCGUAAUCUCCGUGUCGGACUACUGGCCGAUGGUCGUGGUGACCUUAUGUGUGGUAAUCCUCUUGCUGUUAACUAUAGUGCUCUGGUUCGUGUUCAGAGAUCCCGUCCGGGUAUGGCUCUAUUCGCGCUACGGGGUGAGACUGUGCAGUUUCCGCGCCACGGCCGCGAAACAGUUCGAGGACAGAGACAAGCUUUAUGACGGGUUCGUCUGUUACAGCCCCAAAGACGAGGAAUGGGUGGUGCAGGCCCUGACCGCCGAGUUAGAGCCAAAAUUUCAGCUGUGCUUACACUAUAGAGACCUCCCCCAUACCGCUUAUAUUCAACAUGCCGCCCCCGCAGUUCUAGAGGCGGCCGAAGCAAGCCGCAGAGUGAUAUUAGUUUUAACCCGUAAUUUCUUACAAACCGAGUGGUCGCGGUUCGAGUUGCGACAGGCGUUGCACGAAGCCUUGAAAGGUCGCGUGUUCAAACUAGUGAUAUUAGAAGAAGGGCCGAUUCCAGAAGCAGAGCUGGAUCCGGAGCUAAGACUGUAUCUGAAAACCGCAGAACGCAUGCGAUGGGGCGAGAAAAGGUUCUGGGAAAAGUUGAAGUACGCUAUGCCCUCGGUGGAGCCUCGCGGAAAGAUCAACGCGAACUACAGGCGCAACAUCAACAACUACACCAUCGACUCCAGGGUGGUGCCCAACGGCACCCACCACAGCCACCACAGCUAUCCCGAGAAGAUGCGGACGCAGGGUCCCCCAUCCCCGGGCAUGCAGAUGCUGCCGCCGCCCGCCUACUCGGCCGGCAUGCCCCAGGAAGUCGACGACGCCAACUACUCCUCGGCGACGACGGCCACCCCCUCCCCCAGGCCCUCGCGGCGCGUCCAGGAACCGAGGCCGGUGUCCGACCACAUCUACUCCAGCAUCGACUCGGACUACAGCACCCUGGAGAGGGGUGGCUCCGGUAGAAGGGGCCCUCCAUGGCGGCCCCAGCACGUGAUGAUGCAGACUGCAGGCGGCAACAACGGCGGCCAGGCCUACCUUGUGUGAUAACUCGAUAUGACUGACUAGGUAUAUUUUACUGAAAGACUUAAACAAUAUUAAAUAUUCAAGUAAGUCUCGAAACGUGUAAUUAUAUUUUAUUUGUAUAAUUUUUGUACAUUAUUGU